UGCUCGGAGCCACGGAUGCGCAGGCGCGCCGGGGACGGCCGCGGGGCACUUUGGGACACCUGUGGCUCGGCGCUCUUCUCCUUAUGCCUGCCAAUUGCUCGGAGCUGGGAGGGCCAGGAGCGCGCUCGGGGCAGCCGCGCGGCAUGCCGGGACGGCGGUCGUUCGGCCCUCCGCUGCUCACGCCUGCCAGUUGCUAGGAGCCGGGGACGCCGGCCGGCGGUCCGGGCCUUCGAUCCGCGAUGGAGCCCGGGAAGAGAAGAACAAAAGAUGAUACUUGGAAAGCAGAUGACCUCAGAAAGCAUCUUUUGUAAGCAAGUGAGGACGGAAGAGAAGGAGAGGAGAGAUGAAGACCCUGAGAGGGGGGACGAAGAGAGAGAAAGACGAUACAGAGAAAGAAAGCUGCAGUACGGCGACAGCAAAGACAAUCCUCUGAAGUACUGGCUGUAUAAAGAAGAAGGUGAAAAGAGACACAGGAAGCAGAAAGAGCCAGAUCGAGAGAGGAAACACAGAGAAAAAAGCAGCACAAGGGAAAGAAGAGAAAAGUACCCAAAAGAAAAGAGCGAUUCCUUCUCUGGCAAGGAAGGGGAAGAAAGACACAAGGAAAAGCGACACAAGGAAGGCUUUCAUUUUGAUGAAGAGAGGCGCCAAGGUGACAUGGAUAAAAAAGAGAGGUUGUCGAGAGAAGAGCUUAAGAAAAGGGAGUCCAAGAGCAGUGAGCACCGGCGUCGGGGCGCAAGUUCGCGACGAGACCCCACCAGCAGCCGGGAAGGACCGUGCGCUCUCUGGUAUGCAGAGAAUUUAGUAAGAAAUAAUGAAAAAGAUAAAGACUCAAGAGGGAAGCACAGCCGCGAAGAGGGUGCCUUGGUGUGGAAGCUGGCCCCGAAGUGUGGGAGAGAAGAAACGGCGGAAGUGGAAAAGGAAGACUUUGAUUCAGAAAGUGCUGGAGGAGAUGAAUAUACAGCUUGUUUUGAGGAUGAUUUUGAAGACUAUGAAGAUGACUUUGAGGUUUGUGAUGGAGAUGAUGACAGCUCUGACGAGCUGGGAGCAAGAGAGAAGAUCGAAGAGCUUCCUCUGGCCAGAAAAAAGGAGAUACAAGAAGUUCAGAAAGCCAUUAAUGCAGAAAAUGAAAGGGUCAGCGAAUUGUCCUGCAGACUGGCUCAGAAGCAGGGUCCGCUGGAGGGUGAGAGGGACUUGAAGACAGGUGCGAACAGUUCCCCUGCCAGAACCCCCGUCUGUGGAAUUUUCGUUGAUUUUGCCUCAGCCUCACACCGUGAGAAGAGUCGGACUCGGGCCCUUAAGCAAAAGAUGCGCAGUACAAGGUUGCUUCGGCUCCUUGACUUGGAUUUUUCGUUCACUUUCUCUCUCUUGGAUCUGCCUCCAGUGAAUGAAUAUGACAUGUAUAUCAGAAACUUCGGGAAAAAAAAUACCAAGCAGGUCUACGUCCAGUACAACGAGGAUGCUGUGGACAGAGACGUCCAGACUGAGGAGAUAGAGACCCGAGGGGUGUGGACCCAGCACCCUGCCGAGGGCGCCACAGUGUCAGGCGGGAGUGGGAGCGGAGAGCUCUGUGACGUGGCCACCGCACUGAAGGUCGACACACCCCGGCUGUCCAGCUUCCUCCGGGCGGCCUGCCAGGUGAUUGCGGUUCUGCUUGAAGAGGACCGUGUGGGACCCGAGCCCGGCUGGAGCCCUGGGACGCAGGACGGCACCCUGCCCGUCAGUGACAGGUCCUCACAGCUGAACGCCAGCCUGCCGUUCCUUCAGAGUAAGGGCUGCUCUGCGGGUGUGUUGGUGCGGACAGAGCACUCUUUACUGUUGCCUCCCGUGUCCCUGUCGCGGGGCUUCCCGACCCGGCCUCCGUGGCCCUCUGAAGGGCAAGAUCGGACAGUGUUGUGCUUAUGUGCCUGUCAGGGGCAGAGACAGACGGUGGUGUCUGUGCACGGGCUUCCUGGAGCCCCGUUCGCCCCCGCUCUGGACGGCAGAUACGUACUGUGCGUGUGGGAUAUCUGGCAGCCUUCGGGGCCCCAGAAGGUGCUGAUAUGCGAGUCGAAGGUCACAUGUUGCUGCUUUAGCCCUUUUAAAGCCUUUUUACUGUUUGCUGGGACCGUGCACGGCUCGGUGGUCGUGUGGGACCUACGAGAAGACUCCGGAAUACAUCGUUAUGUGAAGCUGGGCGAUUGCUUCUGGACAUUCAGGACAGCAACAUUUUCUACUGACGGCAUCCUGACCUCCGUAAACCACUGCAGUCCUGUUCAAGCGGUGGAACCUGUCUCCACACCUGUCUACAGGAAACAGAGUUUUGUGCUUUCCCCCUUUUCUACUCAAGAAGAGAUGUCAGGUUUGUCAUUCCACGUCGCUUCCCUGGAUGAAAGUGGGGUUCUCAAUGUGUGGGUGGUGGUUGAAUUACCGAAGGCAGACAUUGCAGGCUCAGUAAGUGACUUAGGUUUGAUCCCUGGAGGGAGGGUAAAGCUGGUGCACAGUGCUGUGGUUCGGCUGAGCGACGGCCUUUCCCAUACGUGCUUUGAAUUCUGGGGGGCCAUGCAGACCCUGAAUGUGAAGUUUCUGCCUUCAGACCCUAGCCGCUUCAUUGUUGGCACAGACGUGGGUCUCAUAAGUCAUGGCACCAGACAAGAUUUGAAAGUGUCUCCCAAAUUGUACAAACCCCAGCAACCCGGUAUGAGACCAGUCAAAGUGAAUGUGAUUGAUCUUUCACCAUUUGGAGAACCAGUAUUCUUGGCCGGCUGCUCAGACGGAAGCAUCAGGUUGCACCAGCUGACCUCCGAGCGCCCUCUCCUUCAGUGGGAUGGCAGCACCGACGGCCACGCGGUCAUAGGCCUCCACUGGUCCUUGACCAGACCUGCCGUGUUUCUGGCCCAGGAUGACACGUCCUGUAUUUAUGUCUGGGAUCUGCUGGAAAGCGAUCUGGGUCCUGUAGCCAAACAGCUCGUCUCCCCAGACAGGCUGGUGGCCAUGACAGUCGUGGGUGAAGCCGAGAAGGCCAACGGCAGCUUCCUGGCCCUGGUGCUGGCCAGAGCCUCUGGCCGCAUGGACGUCCAGUACCUGAAGAGGACGUGGGCAGCCCCCGUGGCAGACGAGCUGAGGAAGCUGCAGCUGCUCCUGCGGGAAGCCCUGUAGGGGGGCCGCAGGAGGGCACGGUGUGGUCGUGGGGGCAGGGGCGAGGGCUAGAUGUGACCCCCAUGGGAGACAGGGGAACACCCGUGUGUAUGUACAUUGAUGUAGAGAGAGGACAUGUGUUCUGUGCGUAACUUAUUUUACACGAAUGUCACCUCUGUGUUCCCAGGAAAUAAAUCACUAUGUUUUGAAUGGAAACAACAGACACAUGAGUAUGUGCUGAACUGGAGAGGAAACGGUCAAUCUCUUCUCAGAAUAUCUCUACUUAUUUUUAGAAGAGCUUUAAAAUAUUAGCACAUUUAUAUUUUAAAUACUCUACCGUGAAAAUGUACUUUAAUGAAUAAUUUUCUUAGUCCUGCGGGAAAGGACAUACUCAGGUAUAAAUUAAACAGAGUUAUGUCAUUGAAAUGACCUCUGCCAGCUGUUUUCUUGAAACUUUUUGGGCUUCUUUUGGCAUUAUUUGAAUGUCAGACACAUUUUACAUUGUGCUUUAGAAUUUAAAAAUGUCUGUAUGAAAAUAACCCAAGGGAAUAAGUGCUCUUGAAUUUUGCACUUAGUUAUAACAGAAUUUUGGGGUGAGAUCCAAGAAAGCCCGGGACGGCCUCCUGGCCAGCUCCGUGUCCCCUGGGACGGUAAUGGCUGAGGGUGGUCAGCGAGGGGCCGGGGGGCUUCAGUCUCUUGGGCCACACUUAGCGACAGGAAGAUGUCACUGCAGAAGCAGAGCAUCUUUUACCUGGAAGGGAAAAAGGGACAUUCUGGAGCGUGUCGCCUGUGUGGGAACUGUGUGUGUCUGACUUUUCAGUUGGUGUCUGCCUCCUUCACUGGACCAGGAGCUCUGUGGGCAGAGAUACGUCUCUUCUCAACAUCGUCUCUGAGGGCUGUGUGUCUGCCUCGCACACAGUAGGUGCUCAAUGGUGACAGAAGGGAGAAAGGAAUGCGUGGCGGUUGAGUGAGUUGGCUGGGUGGCUGUCACUAACACCGAGCCAAGUCCCGUCAGAACGCCAUAUUUCGUGACUGGUUGUGGGGAUUGUAAUUCUGGAAACGGGCUAAUCUCCUCGGCCCCUCAUCUACCACCCCCGAGCCCUUAUGUGUGAAGUUUGUCCUAAACUGGAAUUGAGGGGAGUGACCUCCAGCGACCUGCAGAAUAAGACGGUAUCAAGCUAGCAGCCAUACUGGCUCUUCUAAACCCCAUAGAGGCUCAGGAAGACACAGAAGGAACAAGGCCUGGCCACCAAAAACUGACCCACCGAUUAGGAGCAACUUCUAGAUGUGAGAUCAUUGGACUCCGCUGAAGAGUGCCAGUGAUACCUAGAGAUUGAGGUCCUCCCACUGGAGCCUGGGUCUUGGACACAAGACUUGCCUGCAAUCCCCACUCCCCCGUGCUCUGUGGGCACUGCUUCUCCCUUCGGUGGACGCUGCUCUCUGCUUUCAGACAAAGCUCCUCAGGCCCACCAUCAGUACCUCCUUCCUGCCAUCCACUUCAAGACCCCAACACCAGGAAAUACCAAGAGGGAGAGAAGUGCCAAAAUAUAGUUUUGCCAAAAUUAUCUUUGAGGACGUGUGGGGACUAGAAGGUCCUGCUGGUAGUCCUUACUGGGGAAGCCAAUUUUGGGGGUUUUGCUCUUUGAAGAGCUUGUUUAUAGAGUGUCUAGCAGACACCAAGAACAGAAGAGGAGGUCCCAUCUGAGUCCAGAAAGAGUCUGCUUUGGGCUGGAGGUGUGCACAGCUCUUACCCCAGUGUCUAGAAGGAGAAGGUCCCACUGGACCCUGCUCGUUGGCAACCAGAGUCUGGACAUCAGUGCUCUUUGAAGGAGGAGUAGACCAAGAGUGAUGAAUGUAGUGCCAUGAAAUGUAUUAUUUGGCAGAUGAAAGAUUAUCCUGAGGACCCAGGAAGGGAACAGACAUCUGGAGACACUUGGCCAGAGGAAGAAAAACAGGCAAGCAGCAAACAACAACAAAACGGUUGGCUAUGAUGAGAAAUGGCUUCCCUGGAAAGUAAUUGAAAGCCAAGGAGAAAACAGGUCAACAUUAAAUACUAGAGAAAAUGUGUAAAAUAAGAGUUAAAAUCCACACUGAAGGUGACAAAUGGGUCUUUUCUGUAAGGGAUAAUGGGUCAGCGAUGUACAGACUUGAGGGGUUUCUCAGAAUGCAGAGGGACAAAUUGACGAAAAUAGUGAAAGCGGUCUGAAGUGGGGGUCACAGGUGUUUCCACAGAUGAGCAACCAGGAAAGAAGGAGCAUGGACAAUUGUGGGGGGAACUUCCCGAGGCGAUAAAAGAGCUGGUGUGCUUGUGGGAAGGCUCACUGGGAGGCCGUCCACAGACAGGAGCAAGGUGAUUUUUGCCUAAGACAUCAGUGUGCUUUCAGAGUCAAGUAAACGUUUCUAUUUUUCCUCUUGUUUUCCCUUCUCUCUAGUUAACUGAGCAUUUUUCAUGAUUCCAUUUUACGUCUGCUGACUUAGCACUCAAAUACCUCUUUUAAAAAGUUGUUGGUGAUUGCCCUGGGGCUGACAGCAUAAUGGCUUCGUUUAGCCAGAGUCUGUCUCUGAACGGUCUCGUACCUCCCUGAGCACGGUGUAAGGGACUUCCCUCCUUCCUCUCAUCCUGUGUGCGUCUGCUUGUAUGUUUCUUCAUAUGUGCUGAUGUUCUUUUUGCUUUAGAUGGUAACUUUUCAAGUACUUGCAUGUAGGGAGGAUGAAUUUCAUCUGAGGCUCAUGUAUCCUGUGCUUUCCUUUUCUUUUUGCACACCUAAGCUGCGGUCUAGUAUUGUACUCCUUGUGCCUGGGAAGU